AUGCAGCUCCAGGAAGAUGGAGAAGUGACUGAUGAUGAUGAUCACCCUGCAGCUGGACCAGUUAACAUGGUCCAAAUAAGUGAGGGAAUAAAAGAAGUUGAGGUCAACGAAAAGGCGGUUGCUGAAGUAUGCCAAACUUACUUGACCUACCGAAGGAAAUUACGAAAUCCUCAGGACCCUCAAAUGUCAGAAGUUCCACAGGUUUUGCUGGAGGAAGAGCAAGUGAAAUAUGAUGUACUAGCUCAUCUAAAGAAAAUUUCAGCAUUAUUGAGCGUAUAUGAUGCACUGAAAAUGUCUCCAGAGCUUCGAAAGUCUUUAAUAUAUGCCCUGUCCAAGCCAAAGGAUUUCCACAAAGAAAUUGAGGGUAGAAAUCAAGAGAAGACAACUACAUGCAUGGCUAUGGUAACCUUUGAUGACAAUGACAUGUGUGCUGAAAUGGCAGACCAUAAUCGGCCUUUGUUUAUCACUGGGCUUAUCCAUGAUGUGAAGAUUUCUCGAAUUUUGGUUGAUGGAGGAUCUGCGGUAAACCUCCUGCCUCGAAUGGCCUUAAACCUAUUAGGGAUCCGAAUUUCACAACUGCGCCCAAGUCGUCUAGUCAUUCAAGGAUUUAAUCAGAAUGAACAACAUCCAAUGGGAAAGAUUGAAUUGCAAACCAAGUUUGGGGAUAUUGAAGAAAGCACUGAGUUCUUGGUCAUUGAUGUAGACACCUCCUAUAAUGUUUUGCUUGGGAGACCAUGGAUGCAUAAUCAUCAUGCAGUGCCAUCAACUUAUCACCAAUGUAUCAAGUACCCGUUGCCUUCACCCAAAAAAGAGGGGACAAUUGUGGCUGACAAUGAUCCAUUUGGAGAAGUAGAGGUCUAUUAUGCUGAUGCUCACUUCUAUACAAAGACUUCACAAAGAAAGGGAAAAGAUGUGAAAAAGUCUGAAGAUACUCCGAAUGUCAAAGACGCUCUAGAGUCUACUCCAGUUUCAACAAAAAGAACUUUUCGAUGUGUGCCAAAGUCCGAAAGGAAACUGGGGGCAAAGGCACUAGCCCCAAUAAAUCCAAUUUUGGAUCUCAAUGGAAAAGGGUCGAAACCCAUCAUAUUCCACUCACUUGGAGAUGUUGAACAGAAAGUGAAAGUUGAACAAGUGCCAGAAGAAAACAUCUCGAGUUUUGAGAAGCCUACUUUCAGUGCAGAAAUUACACAGAUGUUGGUGAAAGUUGGUUUAGAUCCUGAAAAAAAACCAGAAACAAUGACACCCUUUGACUUUGCAUUAACACCUUCGCAGAGGCAAGCUAUCCAGCAAGGCGGUAUUAUCACUGCUAGGACAGAAGGGUUAGGCUAUCGGGGGGAUGAGGAAAAAAUUUCAAUAAACAUGACUAUCACUCAAGAUGUGUUAGAAGAUGUUGACCAAGAUGAAGCUCAACCUGCACCAACAGAAUUUGAAGCAGGAGGCCAAGCCACCGUGGAUGACCUUCGUGAAAUAAAUCUGGGUGAUGAAGGAGAAAACAAACCAACCUUAAUUAGUGCAAAUUUAAAGGAAGAAGAAGCUCGGCAAUAUAUUUCCUUCUUAAGGGAGUAUCGUGACAUAUUUGCAUGGAACUACAGUGAGAUGCCUGGUCUUAAUCCAGAGAUUGCAGUCCAUAAGCUUGCAAUUCACCCUGAGAAACGGCCAGUUAAACAGCCUCAGAGGCGAACUCGACCAGAGCUUACAGCCCAAAUUGAAGUCGAAGUCGACAAGCUUAUCAAUGCAGGGUUCAUUAGGGAAGUCCAAUAUCCAACCUGGCUAGCAAACAUAGUGCCGGUCAAGAAAAAGAAUGGUCAAAUAAGGGUCUGCAUUGAUUUCCGUGAUCUCAAUGAGGCUUGUCCUAAAGAUGACUUUCCCUUGCCCAUCAUCGAGCUUCUUGUAGAUGCAACUACUGGGUAUGAAACCUUGUCUUUUAUGGAUGGAUACUCAGGAUACAAUCAAAUCCGAAUGGCGCCUGAAGAUGAAGAAAUGACUGCAUUCAGGACUCCGAGAGGAGUCUUUUGCUAUAAGGUAAUGCCUUUUGGCCUGAAAAAUGCUAGGGCCACGUAUCAAAGGGCGAUGACUGUAAUUUUCGGUGAUAUGCUCCAUGACACCAUUGAAUGCUAUGUUGAUGAUCUUGUCGUCAAGACAAAGGAGAAGGAAAACCAUAUGGAAGAUUUGAGAAGAAUCUUCGAACGUUUGAGGAGAUACAAACUCAAGGUGAACCCACUAAAAUGUGCAUUUGGAGUUUCCUCAGGAAAAUUUCUAGGGUUUGUGGUUAGAAACAAAGGGAUUGAAAUUGACCCUACUAAGAUUAAAGCCAUUGUUGAAAUGCCCCCUCCACGAAAUUUAAGGGAAUUGAAGGGGCUACAAGGGAGGUUGGCUUAUAUCAGAAGAUUUAUUUCGAACUUGGCUGGUCGAUGCUUGGAAUUCUCAAGAUUGAUGAAAAAGGGUGUUCCAUUUGAAUGGGAUCAACAGUGCCAAAAUGCUUUUAAUAGUAUUAAGGAGUAUCUUUUGAAGCCUCCAGUACUUAUGAGCCCAAUAAAAGGAAAACCACUUUUGUUGUACAUAACAGCCUUGGAUGGUUCGUUAGGGGCAUUGUUGGCACAACAUAAUGAGCAUGGGAAAGAAAAUGCCUUAUAUUACUUAAGUCGUACUUUGGUUGGGGCAGAGGUCAAUUACUCCCCUAUCGAAAAGACAUGUCUUGCCUUGGUGUUCGCCUUGCAAAAACUAAAGCACUAUGUCUUGGAACACGAAGUCAAGUUGAUAUCAAGAGCAGACCCCUUGAAAUAUAUACUUUCACGGUCCAUACUUUCAGGGAAAAUUGCAAAGUGGGCUGUAAUUCUCCAACAAUUCGCAAUUGAAUAUGUUCCCCAAAGAGCUGUAAAGGGGCAGGCUCUAGCAGAUUUUUUGGCAGCACAUCCUAUACCUGAUGACUCACCUCUAGUAACUGAUUUACCAGAUGAAGAGGUUAUGCAAGUAGAAAUUCAAAAAGGAUGGGAGAUGUAUUUUGAGGGAGCUUCAAGGAGUCCAGAUGGCAAAAAGCAAGAAAAUCCUAAAAACAAUAAAGUUGGAAUUGUGUUUGUGACUCCAGACAAUGCUAUAAUCACCCAUUCUUUUGCUUUAAGUGAAGGAUGCUCUAAUAAUGAGGUAGAAUAUGAAGCUGUAAUUGCUGGAUUAGAAUUGGCAUUACAAAUUCCUAUUGAAGAACUCUCAAUUUAUGGAGAUUCAGAACCGGUGGUAAAGCAACUCCAUGGAGAAUACAUUGUUAAGAAAACAAGUCUCAUCCCGUAUCAUGAAAGGGCUGAUCAAUUGCUUUCGCAAUUCAGAAAAACACAUAUUUUCCACGUGAAGAGAAGAACAAAUGCUCGAGCUGAUUCACUUGCAAGUUUGGCUGCAUCACUCACCCUACUAGAUAGCAAAACAAUUACUAUCACAGUAGGUGAAAGAAGGGUGUUACAACCUUUAAAAGAAGUUUCUGACUUGAUUCCAAUCUUGGUCGUCACCACGAAAGGAGAAAACGAGGAGGGUUGGCGGGAACCAUUCAUAGCUUACCUCCAACAUGGUAGGCUACCUGAAGAUAAAGUAAAAAGAAUUGAAGUGAGACGCAGGGCUACCAAAUUCGUCUCGUGGAAGGAUGGGUUAUACAAAAGGUCUUUGGAUGGAAUGUACAUACGGUGUAUAGCCAAGGAGCGUAUUCAAGAGAUAAUGGCAGAAAUACAUGCAGGUGUAUGUGGGGCACACCAAAGUGGUCCUAAAUUACAUAUGCAGCUAAAACGGUUGGGAUACUAUUGGCCGACUAUGAUCGUAGAUUGCAUAGAUUAUGCUCGAAGAUGCCAAGUCUACCAAUUCCAUGGGAACUUUCUCCACCAACCCCCAGAGCCUUUACAUUUAACAACUUGUUCUUGGCCAUUUGCAGCAUGGGGUAUGGACAUUAUUGGUCCUUUUGUACCUCCAUCUUCAACAGGAUAUCGAUACAUCCUAGCUGCAACUGACUAUUUCUCAAAAUGGGCAGAGGCCGUGGCUUUAAAGGAUAUAAAAAGCACAGUUGUCUCUGAGUUCAUCCGAACCCAUAUCAUUUACAGGUUCGGGAUUCCAGAAAGCAUCAUCAUGGAGAAUGGACAGCCAUUCAGGAGUGAUGCUUUGAACAAGUUAUUUGCCAAGUACAAAAUCAAAAACAACCAUUCGUCAAGAUAUCAUGCACUUGCCAAUAGUUUGGCAGAAGCUUUCAACAAGACAUUGUGCAAAAUUCUUAAGAAGAUGGUGGAUAAGAACAAAAAAGCUUGGCACGAAAAGUUACAAGAAACUUUGUGGGCUUAUCGGACUUCGCACAGAACUCCUAUUCAAGCAACCCCUCAUUCGUUGGUUUUUGGAGGAGAAGCAGUGUUACCACUUGAGGUUCAAAUACCAUCAUUGCAAGUGGCAAUACAAGAGUCCUUAACAAAAGAUGAAAGUACAAGAGGUUGGCUGAGCUGGAGACCCUGGAUGAAAGAAGGUUGUAUGCUCAACAGAACUUGGAAAUCUACCAACAAAGGAUGGCAAAUGCAUUCAAUAACAGAGUGA